AGCAUGGGUGUGUGUGCUGGCCGCGGACUGUGUGGAUGACGAUGGCUGUACCUGGACCUCCUCUGCUUCUUCUCCUGGCUCUGCUGCUGCCGCUGCUGCUGAGCAUGGCACCACUGCCUGCAGCUGCUUAUAAAAUUACACCAGGACGGCAACCGCAGCACAAAAUCCUCCACCUGGACUGGCCCAAAGACUGUGGUAUGGCCCACUUCAAACCCAACAUGGUUGAAAGAAUUGUAUCAGGAAACGAGGCCAGACCUCACUCCUGGCCGUGGCAGGUCUCUCUGCAGGUCCGACCCCGGGGAAGUAAACAUUACAUCCAUGUCUGCGGAGGAACUCUCAUCCACAAGAACUGGGUCCUAACUGCAGCUCACUGCUUUCAAAAAGGCAAAGCUGAGGAUGCUGGGAGCUGGAGGAUCCUUCUGGGGAAGCACCGUCUGAAACGUUCAGAGAUGGCAGAGAGGAUUUUCCCAGUGAAGAGAAUCUACAGACAUGAGAACUUCCGUUACCCAGCUCACACCGAGCUGGACUAUGACAUCGCCCUGGUGAAGGCUGCCAAAGAUAUCCUGCCUUCAAAUUACAUCCGCUACGCCUGCCUGCCACACAAGCAGACCAGCCUCAAACCGGGACACUACUGCUGGGUCACAGGCUGGGGAGACACCCGAGGUGGGAAAGAAAACGUGUCCCUGGCCGAGGCUCUGAAUCAAGCCCGUCUCCCCAUCAUCGACUUCACGACCUGUAAGCAAAAGAAAUUUUGGGGGGAUCGUGUCCAGGAUUCAAUGAUCUGUGCUGGGUUCAAGGACACUGGAGAUCCUCCUGCUGCCUGUCAGGGAGACUCUGGUGGUCCUUUGCUCUGUCAGCUGGGGCGUGACCGCUGGGAGGUGCACGGUGUGGUGAGCUUUGGUCCCAUAGGCUGCACCGUGGAGAACAAACCCAGCGUGUUCACUCGCACCGCUGCCUACAUCCCGUGGAUAGAGGCCACACGCAUCAGGGACUUCUUCCUGCACUAAGCGGAUCAAGAACACAUUAAAAAGAAUAUCUGCUCUGUUUAGUGUUCAGUAUCUCCAGCCCAAAACCAAACUGUUUUUAGUCCCGAUCACAUCUGCAAUCAUUUGUUUUUAUCUUUCGGUAGUUUACAAUUCAACCAUUCAUUCUUGAGUUGUGUAAAAGAAUAAAUUAUCCUCAAUGUGAUGAAUAAGAAUUGAUUUGCCAACAGAAAAACUGAUAAAUUUCCUCUUAAUACUAACAUUUGAUUCAACAGAGAAUCUUGUCAUUCAUGACUUACCAAUGAAGUAUUUAAAUGAUCUUUGAUCAUUUCAUUGUGGGAGAAUUUCUCUUCAACAACUGAUACAAAGUGACUUAUUAUUUUUCUAUUGUUUUUAUUCUAUAUAAGAUCUAAAAAAAGUUUAGGAUGCUUUCUUAUCACUGGUCAUUACUGGAAUUUGGCACAUUUUCUUAUCAUUAUUUUUAUUUAAUUUCCAUUCAUUAAAUUCCCCAGGAUUUUAUUCUGAUUCUUGAGUUGUUCCUUGAAGACAGUAUCAAGAUUAGGAGAAACUCUGUCGCUAUUUUAGGACUUUGUCACAUCAGCAAUGCACAAGUUGUGGCUGAAGACAAACCUUCUUCUGUGUCUACGUCAGGCAUGUCCACACUAUUUUUGAAAGGGCCGUGUGGCUGCAGGUUUCUGAUCCAACCGACCCAGAGCACACUGACUGAACAAUCAACUGCCUAAAGACUCAGAUCCGUUGAUUAAAUGAGCCAAGUCAGGUGAGCUGCUGUUUGAUUGGAACAAAAACCUGCAGCCACAGCGGCCCCUUGUGGAACUGUUUGGUCUGGUCCACCUAUACAACAAUAUAGCUCAGGGAAUUCCUCUGACAAUGGUGCUGGAGAAGUGUGUUGGAAUGACGGACGUUUCUAGACAAUUACAAAAAAGAAAAGAAAACAAUGUUAAAAAAGUGAUGUCACGAAAGGUCGAUGUUGCAACGUAUCACAUCACAAAACAUGUUCUCAAAAUGCCUUUUUGUUGUAGUCACUUUUAAUAUGGUGUGAUUUAUGAAAACAGUACCAGCAUACACUUCCAGUAGAACUUGACACCGAUUUCUUCUUGCAGUGACAGACGCCAAUGCACAUUACUUCAAUAAAUACAAGAGCAGAAUUACCCAUCAGGCUAUUUUCUGUGUGUUUGUCUUUAAUAAAACUCUGACAACAGUCUUUCAGUCCAAAGUCACAACAACACUCCCCUGAUGCCACCAACAUUAUAACAGCUCCCUUCGUCCAAUCAGUGUCAUGGUUCAGAUAUUGUAGGAAACACCAGUGAGCUCCGUCUCCUCGGCGUUCCUGUUAAUGACCAAACCAGUGACAGGAACUUUUCUUAGGCCAUUUUGUGAUUGUUGAAACCCUGACCAUCAGAUUAAUGUAGUCCACAAUUUCAGAAUUUAUUUUGUCCAGACAGUUUUCAAAUCCUUGAAUGCUUCAGGACAGGAUGGGUGCUAAUGGGUGGAAGGCAACCAAGUGGAGCCACUUUACACUUUGGGGGAAAUCUGCUGCUUACCGUAAAUGCUGU